AUGGCCGUUGUCUCGGACGUGGACGGCGCUCGUCGACGCAGCGGACGACCUCCGAGCGCGACUUCGGACGUCGCACGGCCCCUCAUGCUGCUGCCGCCUGCCCACCGCUCGCCGCUGAAGCGCCCGUCGCUGUCUCCGCCCGUAUGGAAAGACCAGCUCCGCCGUCGCUGUUUCCAGCGCCUUCAACGAGACCGUAACCAGUUACUGGCGAAACUGCGACGUGCCGACGGCCGCACGAGCGUCACGGAGGAGAUGCAGCAGCUCGUGGCCCACGUCUCCUCGUGCGCCUCUUCGGCUGCUUCCGUCGACGACCUGCUGCUGCUAGGGAAGCUGACCGAGAGCGACUACUUGGAGAUCGUGCACGCGCUGGAGGACGCGCUGCGACAAGACGAGGAAGAGGAGGAGCUGUCGCACAUGGCGGCGCUCGAGGACGCCGAGCUAGAGGCCAUGCUGGCUGGUCUGGAGCUGGGGGGACCGCUGCAGGAGCAGGGACCGGAUGCUGUUGCUGGCGGUCGAGCGCUGUGUGAGGGGGGCACGACCGCUCUGGACAUUUCCGUGCUGUGUCCUCAGUGCAAGACUGGGUACCUGAGAGAAGGGAAGCUCGACGAAGCAGCAGAAGCAGCAGUGGCGCUUCCCUUUCUCUCUUGUUGCUGCGGCUUCACGUUCCGCGUCCAGCACGAGCGUCACAGAGUGCUGGAGGAGUUCCAAGACAAGAUUGUGGACGCGUUCGUGACGCAUCGAGACGUGUGCAGUGCCGACCCGACGUUCGAGAAGAUGGUCAAGAAUGUGCAGGACAAUGGACCGGACGUGCUCUGCAUCAGGUGCACGGCCUGUAAGUGCGACUACGCGCUGCCGUAA